AUCCAUCACUUUUUGGAGUGUUAAUUUGCCGAUAAUUGUCAGACAAGUGCAAAGUGGGGACCCAUUGACAUUGAUAGAGGUCCAACUACCACAACGUAAUUAGUAUGUUUGCAAUCCAAAACUGGUGAAAAUGCGCCAAUUGUUUGCCCAAAAUGUUUGUACAGUGGUACCUCUACCAUAGACUUCAUAAUAUAUUUUCAUGGGACCCGCGCACACCUGCACAGUGUUGUAAAAUCAUCAAAUAACAUUUCUGCAUAGACUUCAUAACCCGUUGACAUGACACGGGAAACGAGGCCAAUCUGUUGGGGGCCUACUGAGUUUAAAUAUUUUCAAAACCAAAGCUGCUACCAACCUAAAAACAAAACCGGCACCUACCUUAGCCAUAUAUCAGUCCCCAUGAGCAGCGGCAUAAAAAAAUCCAAAGUCGUUCCCUUAUAAAAUCCCGAUUCUUUUUUUUUUUUUAUAUAUAGGAACAACAAAACUUAAAAUGGCUAUAAAAUUCUCAGAUUUUACACUCGAUUCACAAAAAUCACCCAAUGCAGAGAUAAUCACCUAUAUUUUCAGGAUCAAUAGCAAUAUUUAACAUAUCGUCAUAUAGUUUUUACCCAAAAUAGCAACUUAAUUAAUCAAUAGCUAAUAAAUCAAACAAUUUUCACAUCAGAAACUUAAUACUUGAGAAAAACAUGCAGAAUCAAUUAUAAAUAAUUUAUGAAUAGAUUAUUAUUAAAUUCUAUGUGCAAUCACAACUUAUUAUAGAAUAGAAUAGCUCUUUAUUGUCAUUAUACAGUUGUAUACUGUAGUUAGUUAUAUAGUUGUAGUGACAUAAACAGAGCUUUUCUGGUGAAAAUUCUUGUGAAUAAAUGCUUAAUUCCCAGAAUUCUUCAUAUAUACGGCCGUAAAACAGUCUCGAUUCUUGGUUAAAAGCAAAAAAAACGUGCAUUUAGCGUUUAUGUAAAUAUGUCGAAAUACAAUGUGACUCUGUUCGCGACUGAGGCUAGCGGCCGCCUGACGUAAACAGAGCUUUUCUGGUGAAAAUUCUUGUGAAUAAAUGCUUAAAUGCCCAAAUUCUUCAUCGAUAUGGAUGUAAAACAGUCUCGAUUCUUGGUUAACAGCAAAAAAACGUGGAGUUAGGGUUUAUUUUACGUAAAUAUGGCUGACUCUGAUGCCAAUGCAAUAGCGGCUGAUUUCUCCCAUUGAUUUUUUUCACAACGUUUAAAAAUGCAUGCAUGGUACGAAAAGUAUAAUAAUUACCUUGAAUCCUUGAACAAAUCACUCCUGAGACAAUCCUUCCUAUUUGCCGAUCAUUGUCCGACAAGUGCAAAGUGGCGACCCAUUGACAUUGAUAGAGGUCCAACUAGCACAACGUAAUUAGUAUGUUUACAAUCCAAAGCUGGUGAAAAUGCUUGCCUAAAAUAAGAGUACAGUGGUAGCUCUACUUAUGAAUGUCUUUACAUACAGAAUUCUCAGGUUAAGACACACCUCAAUGGGAAAAAAUUGCCUCUUGUUAAGAAUGAAAUUUCAGUAUAAAAGACACUGAGAAGUCCAAUUUUUCCGGGAUUCUUUUAGCAAAAAACAACUAUCCAAAAUGUCAACACGGACCCCAUUAGUGCAAGUCAUUGAAAAUUCCUCCGAACAGGUAACCUGCUUUUUUGGGUGUUAAUUUGCCUAAUAUUGUCAGACAAGUGCAAAAUGGGGACUCAUUGACAGCGAUAGACGUCUAACUACCACAAUGCAAUCAGUGUGUUUACGAUCCAAAACUAGUGAAAAUGUGCCAAUUGUUUGCCCAAAAUAUGAGUACAGUGGUACCUCUAUGCCCAAAAUAUGAGUACAGUGGUACCUCUACUUACAAACGUCUCUACAUACAGAAUUUUCAGGUUAAGACACACCUCAAUGCGAAAAAAUUGCCUCUUGUUAAGAAUGAAAUUUCAGUAUAAAAGACACUGAAAAGUCCAAUCUUCCCGGGAGUCAUUUAGCAAGAAAAACCAUCCAAAAUGUCAACAAGAACCCCAUUAGUGCAAGUCAUCAUUGAAAAUUCCUCUGAACAGGUAAGAUACUUUUUGGAGUGUUAAUUUGCCGAUAUUUGUCAGACAAGUACAAAAUGGGGACUCAUUGACAGUGCGAGACGUCCAACUACUACAACGCAAUUAGUAUGUUUACAAUCGAAAACUUGUGCUGAUGCGCCAUUUGUUUGCCGAAAAUAUGAGUACAGUGGUACCUCUACUUACGAACGUCUUUACAUACAGAAUUUUCAGGUAAAGACAUGCCUCAAUGGGAAAAUAUUGUCUCUUGUUAAGAAUGAAAUUUCACGAUAAAAGACACUAAAAAGUCCAAUCUUCCCGGGAGACUUUUACAAAGAAAAACCAUCCAAAAUGUCAACAAGGACCCCACUAGUGCAAGUCAUUGAAAAUUCCUCCGGGCAGGACGGCAAGUCAUCCGCCCGCUUCAGCAUGUCGCGAUGUCGGAACUCCAUCGCGACGACCACGUCCGACGACCAGCCGCACAUCGGCAACUAUCGUCUGCUGAAGACCAUCGGCAAGGGCAAUUUUGCCAAAGUCAAAUUGGCUCGCCACGUCCUCACCGGGAAAGAGGUGGCUGUGAAAAUCAUCGAUAAGACGCAGCUCAACUCCUCCAGUUUGCAAAAGCUCUUCCGGGAGGUGAGGAUCAUGAAGAUGUUGAACCACCCCAACAUAGUGAAACUCUUCGAGGUGAUCGAGACCGAGAAGACUUUGUACUUGGUAAUGGAGUACGCUAGCGGAGGAGAGGUAUUCGAUUACUUGGUGGCUCACGGCAGGAUGAAGGAGAAGGAAGCCCGUGCCAAAUUCCGACAGAUUGUUUCAGCAGUGCAGUAUUGCCAUCAGAAGUGUAUAGUACACAGAGACCUCAAGGCAGAGAACCUGCUCCUGGACGCCGACAUGAACAUCAAGAUCGCAGAUUUCGGCUUCAGCAACGAGUUCACUCUGGGGAACAAAUUGGACACGUUCUGCGGCUCCCCGCCGUACGCCGCGCCAGAACUGUUCCAGGGCAAAAAGUACGACGGGCCCGAGGUGGACGUUUGGAGCCUGGGCGUCAUCCUCUACACGCUGGUCAGCGGCUCGCUGCCUUUCGACGGACAGAAUCUAAAGGAGCUGAGAGAGCGCGUUCUCCGCGGCAAAUACAGGAUUCCGUUCUACAUGUCCACCGACUGUGAGAACUUGCUCAAGAAGUUCCUCAUCCUGAACCCUUCCAAAAGAGGAAGCCUCGAGCAGCAGAUCAUGAGGGACCGAUGGAUGAACGUCGGACACGAGGACGAGGAACUAAAGCCCUACAUCGAACCGCAACCAGAUUAUAAGGACCCGAGGAGGACAGACAUCAUGCUCCAGAUGGGAUUCUCUCAAGAGGAGAUCCAGGACUCACUGGUGAAUCAGAAGUACAACGACGUCAUGGCUACCUACCUGCUACUGGACUAUAGGAACUCUGAGCUGGACGAGGGUGGUAUCAAGCCCCGGCCCGGAAGCGAUGUAAGCAACAAAAAUGCCCCCUCCCCGCCGCACAAGGUACAGCGGAGCGUGUCUUCCAACCAGAAGGCUCAAAGCCGCAGAGCUACCGAGCAGGGCUCCUCCUACUCCAAGAGAGGGGGGCAAGCGGACAACCGGGCCGCCGGCGAGGAUGCUGGAAGGAAAGGAUCCUCGGGCAGCUCCACCACCAAAGUGUCGGCCAGCCCCUUGGUGUCCUCUGAUCGCAAAAAGAGCGCCACGCCCUCCACCAAUAGCAUCCUGUCAACCGGCACCGGUCGCAGUCGGAAUUCUCCUCUGACUGAGAGAGCCACGCUGGGUCAGGGCAUCCAGAACGGCAAAGACAGCCUAAACACUCCGGGUUCCCGCGCCUCCACUGCCUCAGCCGCCGCCGUCCUCACCUCGUCCUCGCGUCCCCGCCACCACAAGUCCUUGUCUUCCUCCAAUCAUCCAUGCCCCUCUGACCUGCAUGCACCACGACCCAGCGCCCCACCUCAGCGGGCCCCCGGCGCCUCCCCGUCGGCCCACAACAUCAGCAGCGCGGCGGUGACGGACCGUACCAAUUUCUCUCGCGGGGUGGGCAUCCGCAGCACCUUCCACGCGGGACAGCAACGGGGGGCUCGGGACCAACAGGGCUCGGCCUACCCCGGCGGACCAGCCUCUCCGUCGCUAUCGCACGGCAACAGUCAGGCCCGGCGGACGCACGGCGCCACCGGCAUUUUCAGCAAGUUCACGUCCAAGUUUGUACGCAGAAAUCUCUCGUUCAGGUUUCCCAGAAGGAGCCCGUUUGAGGGAGAGGGUCGGGAAGAGGGGAGCAGGUCCAUGCUGAGCAGCCACGCGGAUAAAUCCGAGAAGACGUCCGGCGGCGUGCUCUCCUCCUCUUCUAACAAUGACGAGAACAACUCCUCACCAGGAUCCGGGAACACCGGCGGCACGGGCACGCCUCCCGCCAUUGCCGGCCAGAAGGACACGGCCAAGCCUCGCUCGCUACGCUUCACCUGGUCCAUGAAGACCACGUCGUCCAUGGAGCCCACGGAGAUGAUGCGCGAGAUCCGCAAGGUGCUGGACUCCAACAGCUGCGAGUACGAGCUACGCGAGCGCUACAUGCUGCUGUGCGUGUCGGGCAACCCGGCGCGCGACGACUUUGUCCAGUGGGAGAUGGAAGUCUGCAAGCUGCCGCGCCUCUCCCUCAACGGCGUGCGCUUCAAGCGCAUCUCGGGCACGUCCAUGGCCUUCAAGAACAUUGCCUCCAAGAUCGCCAACGAGCUCAAGCUGUGAGCGGAGAUUGACGAACGGACAGAGGAGAAGGAGGAGAAGAGGGAGGAGCUUUCCAGCAGGGGCAACGAGGAAGGGGGGGUCCAUUUCAACUCUUUUAGCGCCACUGACGAUGAUAGACGUCCAAUCAUAGGCUACAUCAUGGCCAGAGGAAGAACAAAUGUUAUUUUUUUUAACUCAUCGGCUGCCAUUGACGGCAAUAUUAGUCCAAUCCAUCCGAAGCGGGAAGGUCGAUGCCCUCCCACUUCAAACUGAUUGGAUGUCUAGUUGCGCUAAACUCAUUUAAAGAGUUUUAAUUUAAUCUAGUAAACUAAAGAACCCGGCUAGCGGCGUGCUAGCCUAGCAUAGCAGAUCUCAACGUGUUUGUCACUAGAGAUUGGACGUCUAUCGCCGUCAACGGCAGCUAGCGAGUUAAAGAACACGUUCGAAGCAGGGCUAUCCGUUCUGACCUUACUUUCUUGAGAUUUUUGCUUUUUUUCAACGCUCUUCUGCAUGUCGGAUCUCUCACUUCCGAGCUAUUUAUUCCCCCUUUAUUUUUAUUUUCUUUGUGAAAGCGGCCAUCUCAGGACAGGACUUUCUACGAAGGAUCGAACCGGGGAUAGUUUCGGAGGCCUUCUCGGACCCCUGCUCUGACUCGACUUUCCUCCUCCCAGAUUCCUCAAGUCAGGCCAGGCCAGUUAGACUUGAUGGUAAUACCCAAAAGAAAAUGUGUAUUCUCGUUUUAUGGCUUUUAUUUUUUUGUUUUUUUCAACACACUCGUGCACUGGAAAAGAGGGGUAACCCAGCUCGCACCCUGCAAUUGAUCACCCUCCCCCGUUAUCUCGUUUGACUGCUCCCAAAGAGUAAAACGCGUAGAUAUCGCAUAUAUAAGACUAGACGUGGCGGCCAUCUUACGUCAGAGGUGUGUUGAGAGAUACUGAAGUUCUCCCUUUGGUAUUGGGACUAAAAAUCCUCGAAAUUUUCGAUGCUACUUUAAAAACUCUUCAGAUUAUUAUUUUUUAACCUCGUUUUAAAAAAAACUCAAAAUAAAUUGGACAUUUAGCGCGCUUAAUAUCAUGCUAAUGAAUUAAAAAAUGGCCGAGAUUCAAUGAGUUUAUCACUAGGUGACAUCAAUUGGACGUCUGUCGCUGUCAAUGGCAGCCAAUUUAAAAGCACUGCAGUUGGUUGUGAUAAAAGGUUAUGCUAAAAGGGGGCGUGGCUUAAAUUAGCACUAGGUUGGCGUUGGUUGCACAUUUGAACUGGAAAGGAAAUUAACAUUUUUUUCGGUGGCUAAAUUGUUGUCAAACUAUUUUUUUUUUAACUAAUGGCUGCCAUUGACAGCGCUCGACAUCCAAUUUAAAUAUCGUAUCUGGAUGCGGUACUUUUUGACAAGCCUAAGCUGAGCGAUUUCCUCUACUAUAAUACUCUUGUUGAAUUUGUGAUCGAUUCACAAACAUCAUGCAUUUAUAAUGAACUGUAAUAACGCAACUUUGUUUAGCUCAUCGGCUGCGCUAGACGUCCAAUCAAAAUAUCGUAUCUGGAUACGAUACUUUUGACAAGUCUAAGCUGAGUGGGUUCUAACACUGAAAUACUUUUAACUUGCUGAAUUUGUGACCGAUUCACAAUUAGUUGGUCUGUUAACAACGCAACUAUAAUUAACUCAUUGGCUGCCAUUGGCUGCGCUAGAUGUCCAAUCGAAAUAUCGUAUCUGGAUGCGAUACUUUUAAGUGACUUCCUCCACUAAAAUACCCUUAACUUGAAUUCGUAACCGAUAUACAAACAGUUCGUCCAGUUACAACGAACUGUAACAAUGCAACUAUGAUUAGCUCAUUGGUUGCGCUAGACGUCCAGUUGAAAUAUCGUAUCCGCGUGCGAUACUUUUGAGCGACUUCCUUCACUAAAAUACCCUUAACUUGCCGAAUUAAUGACCGAUUUACCAACAGUUGGUCUGUUUAUAACGAACUGAAACAACGCAAUGAUGAUUCGCUCCUUGGUUGCCAUUGACUAUGCUAGACGUCAAAUCGAAAUAUUGUAUCUAGAUGCGAUACUUUUGAGCGAAUUCCUCCACUAAAAUACCCUUGCAAAAUUCAUCACCGAUUUACAGUUUGUCCAUGUACAACAAAUUGUAAUAACGCAGCUAUGAUUAGCCCAAUGGUUGCCAUUGACUGCUCUAGAUGUCCAAUUGAAAUAUCGUAUCUGGAUGCAAUACUUGUGAUUGACUUCCUCCACUAAAAUACCCUUAACUUGAAUUCGUAACCGAUAUACAAACAGUUCGUCCGAUCAUAACGAACUGUAAUAACACAAUUUUGACUAGCUCAUUGACUGUGCUCGAUGUCCAAUCGAAAUAUCGUAUCCGGAUGCGAUAUUUUUGAGGGAGUUCCUCCACUAAAAUACCCUUAAAUUGAAUUCAUAACCGAUCUACGAACUGUUUGUCAGUUUGCAACGAACUAUAACAACGCAACUAUGAUUAGCUCUUUGGCUGCCAUUGGCUACGCUAGACAUCCAACCGAAAUAUCGUAUCCGGAUGCGAUACUUUUUGACAAGCCUCAGCUGAACACUUGCUGAAUUAGUAACCAAUUUCCAAACAGUUCAUCCGUUUGUAAUGAACUGUAGCAUCACAACUAUGAUUUGCUCAUUGGCUGCCAUUGACUACGCUAGACGUCCAAUCGAAAUAUCGAAUCGGGAUGCGAUACUUUUGAGCAACUUCCUCCGCUAAAAUACUCUUAAUUUACUGAGUUCGUGACCGAUAUACAAACAGUUUGUCCGUUUACAACGAAUUGUAUCAACGCAACUAUGAUAGCUCAUUGGUUGCCAUUGACUGCGCUGGAUGCCCAAUCGAAAUAUCGUAUCCGGAUGUGGUGCUUUUUGAAAAGCCUCAGUUGGGCAAAUUCCUCCACUAAAAUACUCUUGCUAAGUUUGUGAUCGAUUUACAAACAAUUGGUCCGUUUAUAACAAACUGUAACAACGCAAUGAUGAUUAGCUCUUUGGCGGCCAUUGGCUACGCUAAACAUCCAAUCGAAAUAUCGGAUCCGGAUGCGAUACUUUUUGACAAGCCUCAGCGCUAGACGUCCAAUCAAAAUAUCGUACCUGGAUGUGAUACUUUUGAGUGACUUCCUCCACUAAAAUACCCUUAACUUGCCAAAUUCGUAACAGAUUUACUAACAGUUUGUCCAUUUACAACAAAUUGUAACAACGCAGCUAUGAUUGGACCGUUGGUUGCCAUUGACUGCGCUAGACGUCCAAUCGAAAUAUCGUAUCCGGAUGCGAUACUUUUGAGCGACUUCCUCCACUAAAAUACUCUUCACUUACUGAGUUCGUGACCGGUCUACAAACAGUUUGUCCGUUUACAGCGAACUGUAAUAACGCAACUAUGAUUAGCUCAUUGGUUGCUAUUGGCUGCGCUAGACCUCCAAUCGAAAUCUGGAUGCCAUACUUUUGAUUGACUUCCUCCACUAAAAUACCCUUAACUUGAAUUCGUAACCAAUUUACAAACAGUUUGUCCAAUCAUAACGAACUGUAAUAACGCAACUUUGACAAGCUCAUUGACUGCGCUAGACAUCGAAUUGAAAUAUUGUAUCCGGAUGCGAUGUUUUUGAGCGACUUCCUCCACUAAAAUACCCUUAAAUUGAAUUUGUAACCGAUUUACAAACAGUUGGUCUGUUUAUAACGAACUGAAACAAUGCAAUGAUGAUUAGCUCAUUGGUUGCCAUUGGCUACGCUCGACAUCCAAUCGAAAUAUCGUAUCUGGAUGCGAUACCUUUGAGCGAAUUACUCCACUAAAAUACCCUUGCUGAAUUCGUAAAGGAUUUACAGUUUGUCUGUUUACAACGAAUUGUAACAACGCUACUAUGAUUAGCACUUUAGCUGCCAUUGGCUACACUAGACGUCCAAUCGAAAUAUCGUAUCCAGAUACGAUACUUUUGACAAACGUAAGCUGAGCGACUUCAUCCACUAAAAUACUCUUAACUUGCUGAAUUUGUGACCGAUUUACAAACAGUUCGUCAGCUUACAACAAACUGUAGCAACGCAACUAUGACGGUAGACGUGCAAUCGAAAUAUCGUAUCCGGAUACGAUACUUCUGACAACCUUCAGCUGAGCGAUUUCCUGCAUUAAGAUACUCUUAACUCACUGAAUUCGUUGAUACCGAACCGGAAAAACCUAACUACGUUUAGCUGAUUAGCUUCUGUUUAUGGCACUAGCUAUAAUUUCGAUUUACAAUCCCUGACACAAAAUGGCCGACAAACGACGUCUAGGUAUAUAUAUCUACGAUAUCUGCGGAAGCGAAUUCUCGUACGUUUUGAUUUGACGAUAUAUUUUUUUGCGUGGUUCUAAUAACUUUGUGCAACGCGUGCGGUUUUUCUGUUUUCGUCCCGGGCGGGGGUCACGUCACUUCGAAUCACGGCUGCCUUUCGGUCGAGAAGCUUAACUUCACGGAAAUUCCCCCCGACACGAUCACGGAGAGGGAGCCACGUGCGGCUCCGGAGCCGCAAAGCGUCAAAACACACACUGGGAUGUGGUGGGACGAGGCUCGCCGGCGUCGCGCUAACACGAUGACACACUGUCGUUAUUUUGAGUUCUUCAAGUCAGUUUUUCUCGCAAACUUGAUCUUUGUAUUAAGGUGCUGGGUAUCGUAUUCUAAUGAUUAUUCUGGCUGUUGCUGUUAUAUUAUCUCUUUCAGGGUUUUUUGAUUUGAUCUCGCGUUAUUUUUGGUUGUUUUUUUGUUGCAACAUUGCUGUAAUUUACGUUGAUUUUUGUUUGUUUUUUUCAAUGUGUUUUUGAGCAAACUGUAACUGUAGUGGU